AUGGCUGAUCGAACGGCCAACAUGGCCGAGGAAAGACAAGACGGGGAGGUACAUAGCACGGCCGCUUUGGCUGAAGAAAAAAAAAAGAAAGAGGGAACAGAUUUCGAGGUCAAAAAGAAGGAAGAAAAACAAAAACAAAAGAAAGAAGAUGUAGACUUCGAGGUUGAAAAGAAGGAAGGAAAAGAAAAAAUAGAAAAAAAACGAGGGGACCAGGUCGUCUCGAAACAAACAGAAAAAGAAAAAAUGGAAAUUAAAAUGGACCAGGAGGUUGAAAACUUGGAAGAAGGUAAAGAGCAAGAGUUAGAAUUUAAACUAGAUUGUAUUUUCGAUGAUUCACCGUUGGGAUUCGAAAGAGCAACCAGAGAUGAUCAUAAGUUGGAAUCUCAGGAUCCACUCGAGGAAAUCAAUUUGGGAACAGUCGAAAAUAGAAAAGUAACUUACAUUAGCAAGCUCUUGCAAGGGGAAUUGAAGGAGGAACUAAUUCGAGUACUGAAUGAUUAUAAAGAUUGCUUUGCAUGGGAUUACAAUAAAAUGUCAGGAUUAGAUCGAGAAUUGGUAGAGCAUAGGCUACCCAUGAUCCCUGGAAAGAAACCUGUGAAGCAAAGCCCUCGAAGAUUCGCUCGUGAAGUAAUCGAGAAAAUCAAGGAAGAAAUCGAGAGAUUACUAAAAGCAAAAUUCAUCAAAACUUCAAGAUAUGCUGAGUGGAUAUCGAAUGUCGUGCCUGUUAUAAAAAAGAAUGGGAAACUCAGAGUAUGCAUCGAUUUUUGA